AUGGCGAAGCAGAAAGUGCCGCGGAAGAAGCAGGAGAAGGAGACGGAAUUAGACUACCAUAGAUUCAAAGCUUUUGCAGGAAUGGCGGUUGAUGUUGCAAAGAAGCAUUCUGAUGUAUACUUCUUUCCUCAAGGGUUCUUAGAACAAGCUUCAACCCCAGCUUCUUUCUCAUCAAUGGUGACUUCCAGACCUUAUGUGGUUUGUCGUGUUGUUGAUGUUACUUAUUGGGCUGAUCCUGUUACUGAUGAAGUUUUCGUCAAGUAUCGGCUUAUGCCAUUGACUAACAUUCAUGUCACGGGUAAUUAUAAUGGUAAUGGUAAUGGAGAUGAUGAAGGGGGUGAUAAUGGUAAUGAGGUUGAUUCGUUCGUCAAGUGUUUAAGCAUUUCGGAUGCGAACAAUGGUGGUGGAUUCUCCGUUCCGAAGCUUUGUGCUGUAUUCAUUUUUCCGGCGUUGAAUUUCGUAGAGGAUCCGCCGGUGCAGACACUCAGAAUUAGUGAUGUUCAUGGAGUUAAGUGGGUGUUUAGACAUAUUUACGGGGGGACGCCUAGGAGACACUUGUUGACCUCUGGUUGGAACACGUUUGUGGAUAGCAAGUAUCUAACUUGUAAUGAUUCUGUUAUUUUUGCCAGGAAUAAGGUUACAGGGGAGCUGUCUGUUGGGGUUCGAAGGCAUUUUACGCCGCUGUCCAGACUUCCUAAGGAAUAUGUGCCCAAACCCCCAAGACUUGCCCGAGUUUGUGGUGGAAGCUCACAAGGUGGAGCAGGCUUGCAGAGUGAACUGGACUUCUGGAACCCGGGUUAA